CAUCAGUGUUCCCCCCCAGCAGCUGUGUGUGUGUGCGUUGGUUGACCCAACCGAUGCGCCAGAUAAUAAUUGUCAAAAAUGAUUAUUGCAAUUGUGUAUGUGUGAUUAAAAUCAAUCAAAUGCGUUAACCAAGUGUCCUCAAAACACUUUCCCAAGUGUGUUCACUCUCCAUUUGUGCCAUUUUAACAUAAUAAAUCACGAGAACAUCUCCACUCAACGAUUCAUAACUGAAAUUCCAGAGUGAAUUUUCACGUAAAAACGAUUCAUUUGUCCGAGUAUUAAAAAAAAGGAACGAGUGCUGUAUGAUCAUAGCGAUGUUGUGUAAAGGCGGAACGAAUUAAAUUCUCAGGAGUGAAUCAUAACUUCGAGGGGUAAUAGUGUGACCCUAUUUUUCACCUGGUUGUACCGAAAAACAUCAAAGUCACAGGUUGCAUUGAUAGCGAGGCAAAGCCAGAAGGUGAAAGCGAAUGCCUAGUUUUAAAAAGUCAAAAAAGAGAGAGGAAAAAAAAUAUAGGAAAAAAGGGAGAAUUGUGACCGAACAGAUCGGUCCUGGUGAAUGGUGUUGCAGAUAGACUCGGUGUGGGGUUGGGCGUCACCCCCGCUGCGCCUACAGCUAGCCGGGGGGAGCCGAGGCGCCUCGGGGAGCUCGGCUGGCCAAGCAUCCUCGAGCCAGAGGAUGGGCGAGAUGGUGGUCGAACGAGCACCAUCGCCAGCACGCCUCAGUCAUACCUCCGAGAAGCAUCCUCGUGCUACCCUCACUGAGCUCAAUGUCCUGAGACGCCAUCGAGAGCUGUGUGACGUUGUACUCAAUGUCGGUACCAGGAAGAUAUUUGCACAUAGAGUUAUACUCUCGGCAUGCAGCCCUUACUUCAGGGCGAUGUUCACUGGGGAGUUAGCGGAGUCUCGCCAAACCGAAGUAACGAUUCGCGAUAUAGACGAAGUAGCAAUGGAGCUACUCAUAGACUUCUGCUACACCUCGCACAUUAUAGUCGAAGAGGCGAAUGUACAAACUCUUCUGCCAGCGGCAUGCCUCCUGCAGCUGGCAGAGAUUCAGGACAUCUGCUGUGAAUUUUUGAAACGCCAAUUGGACCCCUCAAACUGCCUAGGAAUUCGUGCAUUUGCCGAUACCCACUCGUGCCGGGAACUCUUGAGAAUUGCUGACAAAUUUACCCAGCACAAUUUUCAAGAGGUCAUGGAGAGCGAGGAGUUUCUACUGCUGCCAGUCGGCCAACUAGUUGAUAUAAUAUCGUCCGACGAGUUGAAUGUCAGGACUGAGGAGCAGGUGUUCAGUGCUGUGAUGAACUGGGUGAAGUACAAUGUUACAGAGAGACGUCAGCACCUGGCGCAGGUCCUUCAGCACGUGCGUCUUCCCCUUCUGUCGCCAAAAUUUCUCGUAGGAACUGUCGGCUCGGAUCUACUGGUGCGAUCUGAUGAUGCCUGUAGGGAUCUAGUCGAUGAGGCGAAGAACUAUCUCCUCCUACCGCAGGAAAGGCCCCUCAUGCAGGGCCCCAGGACCAGGCCCAGAAAGCCCACCCGUAGAGGCGAAGUCCUAUUCGCGGUUGGGGGGUGGUGCUCUGGUGACGCUAUCGCUUCUGUCGAGAGAUUUGAUCCCAACACCGCUGACUGGAAAAUGGUCGCACCCAUGAGUAAAAGAAGGUGCGGUGUUGGCGUUGCUGUUCUCAACGACCUGCUUUACGCUGUUGGAGGACACGAUGGACAGAGCUAUCUCAAUAGCAUUGAGCGAUACGAUCCCCAGACUAAUCAGUGGUCCUGCGAUGUUGCUCCUACCACCUCCUGCAGGACUAGUGUUGGCGUUGCUGUGCUGGAUGGGUUUCUUUAUGCUGUCGGUGGGCAAGAUGGUGUCCAGUGCCUCAAUCACGUCGAGAGGUAUGACCCAAAAGAGAACAAAUGGUCUAAAGUAUCCCCAAUGACUACACGACGGCUUGGAGUCGCUGUGGCAGUACUUGGGGGAUAUCUCUACGCCAUUGGAGGCUCUGAUGGUACGUCACCAUUGAACACGGUUGAGCGGUACGAUCCCAGACAAAAUAAGUGGUCCCAGGUGUCACCCAUGUCCACCAGACGGAAACACCUCGGCUGCGCAGUUUUUAAUAAUUUGAUCUACGCGGUAGGGGGGAGAGACGACUGCAUGGAACUGUCUAGUGCUGAGAGGUACAAUCCUCAUACGAAUUCGUGGAGUCCCAUUGUCGCGAUGACGUCGAGGAGAAGUGGGGUCGGUCUGGCUGUCGUAAAUGGCCAGCUCUAUGCAGUCGGUGGUUUCGAUGGCACAGCAUACCUUAAAACCAUCGAAGUUUACGAUCCCGAACAGAAUCAGUGGCGUCUGUGUGGCUGCAUGAAUUACAGACGAUUGGGCGGGGGGGUUGGUGUGAUGAGGGCACCACAGACUGAAAACUGCAUUUGGUAGCUCAGGCCCCCCUCUUCGGCCACAACGGCUGAAACACCAUCGACACCAAUAACACCAGUUACACCCGUAACUCCACCAGCACCACUUUCCGUUCCUAUCGCAUCGACCAAUACUAGAAAACGAUAUCGACGCUCCAUGAGCAUCAUAUGAACGCUUCUUUCGUUAUUAUUUCAUCGUCAUUCAUUUGGGAGUGUUCUAGAGGAGAUUCUAGCGUUACUACUGCCUUAAGUAAUUUUUCCGAGGGGUUUUUGGUGUGUUUGUUGGGAGUGAGAGGUAGUUUUUUGAUCGAUCCAGUAGUGAAUCCCAUAACUAAUUUUUGAAGACUAUUUGCGUGAGAACAAUUCAAAGAAAAGCUUUACACGGAUACAUCCGAUGAUUAGAAAUGCUAUCCCAGAAGGUAUUAAAGGGACGACAGAAUUUUUUUGAAGUUUCGGAAAAAAAAUUGGAAGAUCUGUUAAUUCUUCCAAAAUGUUUAGAGUAUUUCCCCAUGCUAUACUCGAAUCAUUUGUAUAGCAAAAUGGGAAAAUUCACUGUACCACUUCACUACUGAAUCAAUUAGAAAAUUUUUUGUUUUAUUAUCUCUUCAUGUGAUUCAGUAUGUAAUUAUCGUUAGUGAUUAUUUAAAUUCGGUCCAAGACUGAUGUAAUAAAUUGAGAAAUGCCUAAUUUAUAAGGAACAAGAGAUGAUUUACCCAGGGCAGCUACAGGAAAACAUUUUAUUUCCAUUCCAUUCUCACAUGAUAAUGAGAAUCUACAUAUUUUGAAGGAGAUAAUGGAGAGGGCUAUUUCCACAGGCGCAUUUAUCGAACGGUGCGAAAAUAGAACUGAAUAAAAUCAACGAUUUUUACUUUUUUUUUUUCAACGAAAAGGGAUCGAUACCUAAAAUACAAAUUGGGAGUUGUGUUGUCAAAAAGGGGAAUGAGUUGAACUCAAAAAAAAAGCUUUUUAUGGUUGUCAGUGAACGUGCACGUCCGCUUUUAUUGUUGAGAGGAAUGAUAAUAAUUUACUUAGUAACUAAUGAUCUGAUAGCAAUUAAUGAAGAUCGAGAAGAAACAAAUUUUCAUUAUGAAGAAUUGAAAGUAAAAACUUUUAAAUGGCCAAGGAGAGUUGAGUGAUUCACCCUAGGGAUUCAAUAACUGCUGAUUGACAAAACGAAAUUGGGCGAAUGGGGUUUUAUUUUGAAGAUAUUUUUUCACACGCCAAAACGAGAGCUUGUUCCUUCCAUUCAGAUCGCUCAUUCAGGGGAUAUCGAGGAUUUAAGGUGGACAUCCUGCUCUAGCCUCAUCUAAUAACUCAAACUCAAAGGUUGCACUAUUAUCAAUUAAUGAGAAAAAAAUUCAUUUGAUGCAAACAAAAAUUGAAAACCAUGUAAUAUUUUAAGAUGCACGUCUUCUAGGUGAAUUUUCAAACUAAUUAGUCGUUUAUGGUAUUUUGAUUGUAUCCAAAUUAGCCAAUUAUGUUCGCCAAAAAUAUGAAAAAUUCUUCCCACGGAUAAAAGGGUUAUUUUUUACACUCGAAGAUUAGUGGAUAAUCGAGUCCUUCCAAUGCCUUUCGAUGAAUUAAGGAUCAUGAUAUAUUAUUUAUAUUUUUCUCUCUAAUAUUUACUAGUUUAUUCGAAAUGAAAAUAUAAAAAUCGUUACUCUCUUUUUCGAGUUAUUUCAGGACUAAGUUCAACGUGUACAAUGUAAAUGAUUAAUUCAUCAUGUAUAUAUUGAAAUCUGUGAAAAUAUGAGGGCAAAAAGAAACAAAAAAUGUUGAAGGAGAAAAUAUAUUGUUAAAAAUCCGA